AUUCCAGCCCAGCCCGUAUCAAUCAUCUCCCCCUAAAUUGUUGUUUAGGGUUAGCUGAGCUCAAACACACAAAAUCGCCGCGCGCGCUCUCUCUCUCUCUCUCUCUCUCAAUCACUCAAUUAUCUCUCUCGCUCUCUCGCUCUCUCGCUCUCUCUACAUAUCAAUUUUCAUAUCAACACUGAUGGAGGAAGGAGGUACUGAUAUUACAAAAGGGCCAGUAUUCAAAGAUAUCAGACGAUACUACUGUGAAUAUUGUGGUAUUUGUCGGUCUAAGAAGACUCUCUUAUCCUCACAUAUAUUAUCUCAUCACCAGGAUGAAGUGAAUAAAAGAAAGGCAGAUGAUAAUGCUGAGAAAGAGGAAUUGAAGUCUAAUACUUGUGAGGAAUGUGGUCUGAGUUUCCAGAAGCCUGCUCACUUGAAACAACACAUGCAAAGCCAUUUACUUGAGAGACCAUUUAUGUGUCCAGUAGACGACUGCGAUUCCAGUUACAGAAGGAAGGACCACCUGAAUCGCCACCUUUUGCAGCACCAAGGGAAACUUUUUGAAUGUUCUUCCAUGGGCUGCAGUCACAGAUUUUCCAUUCAAAGUAACAUGAAGAGGCAUGUAAAGGAAUUUCAUAAUGAUUCUUCCCCUAUCGAAGUUGAUGCUCUCUGCAGUUCCAGUUACAGAAGGAAGGACCUCCUGAAUCGCCAUCUGCAGGACCAAGGGGAACUUUUCGAAUGUUCUGUCACAGGCUGCUGCCAGAAAUUUUCAAGUCAAAGUAACAUGAAGAAGCAUGUUAAGGUAUUUCAUGAUGAUUCUUCCCCUAUCGAAGUUGAUGCUCUGAAAGAAUACACAUGUCCUGAACCUGGGUGCGGAAAGGUUUUUAAAUAUGCCUCACGGUUGAGGAAGCAUGAAGAUUCACAUGUUAAGUUAGAGUCGACAGAAGCAUUCUGUUCUGAUCCUGGCUGUAUGAAAUAUUUUUCAAAUGAGCAAUGUUUGAAGGCUCAUAUUCAGUCUUGUCACAGCAAAGUUACCUGCGAGGUUUGUGGAUCAAAGCAUCUGAAGAAGAACCUAAAACGUCACCUCCUUACUCACAAAACCAAGCCUCCAUCUGAUAGGAUAAAAUGCAGCUUUGAAGAUUGCCUGCACACCUUCUCAAAUAAAUCAAACCUCCGUCAACACAUGAAGGCUGUACAUUUUGAACAAAAAGCCUUCCUUUGUAGCAUUCCUGGUUGUGGCAUGAGUUUUACAUUUAAACAUGUGAGAGACAAUCACGAGAAAUCUGGAUGCCAUCUUUAUGUUCAAGGUGAUUUUUUGGAGACUGAUGAGCAGUUUCGAUCUCGCCCAAGGGGUGGACGGAAAAGGGUAUGCCCAUCUGUAGAGACCUUCACAAGGAAGAGGGUGGUUCCACCAUCAGUCGGAUCUGAUUCUCUUCCAGAUCAAGGCCCUAAUUACAUGUCAUGGUUGCUUUCAUCAGAGAAUGAAGAGAUCUAAUUUUGUCGAGCUCUUUAAUUAUCAUCAAAACACAUGUAAUUAUCUGUAAUGGUCUGAAUGAAUUUGGCUGUAUAGCUUCUUCUCUGCCAGGAUUACAACACAGAACCUGUAUAUUCCUGGACAGUGUUGUUAGUUUUGUUACUUUUGUAUAUCAGCAAAUUAUUAUUGUUUGCCCAAUUUUGGGUUUUAUAAAUUAGAUGCAUACUCAUAUUUUCUCGGUUUUUUCA